AUCUUUCUUUCUGCACGCAUUCUGAUCGUUAAAUUUUUUAUUUUAUCAGUUUUCUGAAGUGCAGAGUCCGCCUUUUGCCUGAAGGCCCUUUAUAGAGGCGUUUUACACUAGUCGAAACAAAUUCAAUUAUUUUAACAUUUUUUGUAUAAAAACUUUUGGUCAGUUUUAACUAUGCAGCCUCAAGUUGAUGUGAAGAAUCAAGUCGCCGACCUGAUCUUGGGAGAAUUGAAACAUAACGCCAUCAUUCAGUCAAGUUAUGUCUGGGCACUUGAUCAUGGAAUCCCUCAUCACACUGUCAUCGGUGUUCUGAAAAGUCUAGAGGCCAAAUGCAUUGCCUCGAUUGAGCAAAAGACCUUCAUUAUCACUGAGCUUACCCAGCAGGGUCUAGAUGUUUUACAGAAUGGGUCUCCAGAAGCCCUUUUAUGGAAGCAGAUCGGCAAUCGCCAACUUUCCCCUGCUGAAUGCUCACAACUCCUUUCCCACAUGAAGGAAGAGACAGUCAAAGCGAUCAUUUCUUCCGGAAUCAAAUUGAACUAUUUUACGGUAGACAAGUCAUCUAAAGCUAUUUCACGAAAAAAUCAAGAAAUUGUAGAUGCCAUUCGUGAACAAUGCCAGCAGGUUUCUUGUGGAAAACAAAUCGACAAAAAAGAUUUUGACUAUUUGAAAAGGCGUCAAUACGUCGUUCAGAAGUCUAUUACCGAGUAUCUGAUUAAGCCAGGCGACAAAAUUUCAGAGUAUGGCAUAGCCUAUGAUACAGACAUUACAGAGGAAAUGUUGCGCUCAGGAUCUUGGAAAACAGCCAACUUUAAAGAGUAUAAUUUUUUAGCUAUGGGUUCAAAAAUUUUAGGUGGAAGUCUUCAUCCUUUGCUGAAAAUUCGAGAAGAAAUUCGUAUGAUAUUUUUGACACUUGGUUUCGAAGAGAUGCCGACCAAUCAAUUUGUAGAUAGCUCAUUUUGGAAUUUCGAUGCGCUGUUCCAACCUCAGUUCCAUCCGGCUCGAGACUUACAUGACACGUUUUUCAUUGAGGAUCCGGCUGAGACACAUGCGCAUCCAGCCGACUAUGUGCUCCAGGUGAAGGAUAUUCAUGAGAAGGGUGGAUUCGGCUCACUCGGCUACCGAUAUGAAUGGAAGGAGAAGGAAUCCCAAAAAAAUGUUUUAAGGACACACACCACCGCAACAUCUAUACGCAUGAUUUAUGCUUUGGCACAAGAAUAUAAAAAAACGGGCAAAUUCACGCCUAAAAAAUAUUUUUCAAUUGAUCGCGUAUUUAGAAAUGAGGCGACCGAUCAGACGCAUUUGGCCGAGUUUCAUCAGUGCGAGGGUUUAAUUGUCGAUUAUAACCUGACCCUAAGAGACCUGAUUGGCACGCUGAAAAGCUACUAUGAGCGCCAGGGGCUCGAAAACUUGCAAUUCAAGCCGACAUACAACCCCUAUACAGAACCGUCAAUGGAAAUUUAUGCUUUUCAUCCAAAGCUGAAAAAAUAUGUUGAAAUUGGAAAUAGUGGCAUGUUCAGACCAGAAGUCUUGAAGCCAGCCGGAAUACCGGAUGGCGUCCGAGUCAUUGCUUGGGGCCUGUCGUUAGAAAGGCCUGCGAUGAUUAAAUAUGAAGUACAGGAUAUCCGGAGCCUGAUUGGUCCUGAAGUGCCAUACGACUUUAUUCGGUCUAACCCUAUAUGUCGCAUAAACAAAUGAAAAUGCACUGAAGGAGGAAAAGGGGAAAAAUUAUCGAGGCAGGUUUCAUUUUAUACCUUAUUUCACCAUUUCUCUAAUGUGCACUUGGAUUAUUUUACCAAAGAGAUAUCGACGUGCGAUUUCUGAAAUAGGGCAAGCUAAGAUUGUUGGGGAAAUGGCGAAGUUCUUCUCAACUGAGAAAAGUAGGGAUGGUCCAUGGCUUGCCUUGCUGUCCACCUUUCUGCUGGGUCAAAUCGUAGCAGCUUGUCCAAAAGGUCUAGUGCAUCCGGAUUUCCGGCCGUUGAUCUAUUUUCUUCUGUGAUGAAGUUCUCAUACGGGAUCCUUGGACAGGGAGUGAUGAGGUUUUGGUAUGCAGGAUCGAGCGUCAGCCCAUACUUAUCAAUCCAGGCACAUAAUUCAUCUGUACCAAGAACUUGAAUGAUCUUGAUUAGCUGGUCGCGAUUAUCUUCGCCUCGGAAAAAUGGCUCUUUUUUGAAAAUCACACCUGCCAACACGCAGCCAAAACUCCACAAAUCCAACGAGUAGUCAUAGUCUUGCAUAUCGACAAACAGCUCUGGACCUUUGAAGUAUCUCGAUGCUACUCGAGGAUUGUACUCCUGGUUUUUGUGAUAAAACUCAGCAAGGCCCCAAUCAAUCAGACGAAGAAUGCCCAGUUUGGGAUCAAUGACAACUAAAUGAAUAAAUGUCAGCUUUCAGAAAAGUAAAUCAGCUAGCGCGCAAAGAAAACAAUUCAGCUAUGACCAGUGCCGAUUUGUAUAUAUCUCAGAAUGCCUACGACUUUUUGAGUUUCUUGUUGCGCCUGCGUUAUGCAUAAUAAACACAAUAUCCAAAAAAAA